AUGAAGUCAGGUGACUACUGCAAACUCUCCUACUUCAUGAACAGCGGCCUAGAGGAAGCUUCCCGCUCUACCUUCACAGCAGACGAGGAUGCCCUCGUAAUGCUUCCCAUCGCUGACAGUUUGAACAAAUGGAUCCCAGCCAGCGCUGCUAGAGACCCCAAAGCACAAAUUAUCAAAGAUGAGAACUUAACCUGGGAACAAUUCAACGAAGCAGCCCCAUACAUGCUCACUCUGAUGAAAGAGAAUGACUGGCCCAACAACAGAACCAACAUGUUCAUUUCCUUCUGGUCCACACUGCAGAAUCACAGAUGGUGUCAUGACUUUGACAUGCACAAACAACGAGCGCUUCUGCUCUACCAAGCACAGCAAUGGAAGCACUGGCACCUUGCCAUU